CACCACUCAAUCUCCCUUCCACCAUCUACGUCCCUUCCGCCAGGUCAUCCAUUUCUCCCAUCCAACAUCUAUCCUCCCCACAGUAAUAUAAUCCUCUUCAACCAAUGCACACUACAGCCACCAUCCACAUCCACUUUCCGCUCUUCACUCGCCGAUUGCUCUCGCCCCACAGCGCCUACCCGGCUUUCCUCCCCUACAGGUCACACCCGCGCCCACAGAUCUCAUCCACACCUACAGACCUUAUUCGCAUCCACAGAUCCUACCCGCUUUCGCAGGUCCCAUCUGCUCCUCAGAUCGCCCAGGCCUUACUACUCUCCUCCCUAUCCGCAGAUAACCCUCACCCACAGCCAGCUAGUACUCCGCCUGGUCUAUCCGCAGGUCUCACUGGCCGCCGGGGGGCCUGCCAAGUUCCACUUGCCCACAGAUUCCAUUCGUCUACAGAAUCCCAAUCGCCCACAGAAUCCCAUCUGCCCACAGGUAUCAGUCGCCCACAGGAAUCAGUUGCCCACAGGUAUCAUUCGCCCACAGAUAUCACUCGCCUACCAUUUCCAUCGGCCCACGGAUCCACGCCUUCCACUACCGCUCUUCUUCCUACCAGCAGAUUCCUCUUUCACAAAGCUACUACUCGGGGCUCUCUAUGCUCAGGUCCCCUUCUCCUAUUCUACACUCGCCCACAGGUCCUCCUCACCCACAGGCCCCAUCUGCAGACAGAUCUCUCACUCGCCCACAGAUUCUCAUCCUCACAAAUGCCAUUCAUUCACUCUCUACCUACAGAGAGUACUGCUCCAAGGUCCCACCUGCCGGCCCCACAGGUACCACUCCGUCGCAGAUCCUCCUUCCUAAUGGUUUCCAUGUGUCCACAGAUCCCAUUUGAUCACAGGUCCCACUCGAACACAGGUCCAAUCUUGCCAUCGCUCCCUACAGAGCUCACUCGCACCCAAUUGAGACCUGGCGACAGGUACCAAUCGCCCACAGGUCCCAUUCCCCCACAGGUGUCACUCGUCCACAGGUCCCACUCCCCAACAGGUGUCACUCGUUCACAGGUCCCACUCCCCCACAGCUUAUACAUUGCCCCCUGAUCUACAGGUCUCACUUGCACACAGGUAGGUCUCGUCCACAGGUAUCAUCGCUCUACAGCUACUCCGUUGUCCACCUUCUCUACAGGACGCGUUCGCACACAGCUUCCUUCUCCAUAGCACCUACACAUCCGCUCACGACCACAAUUGU